AUGACCAAGUCGAACGAGCCCACCGUCUCCCUCGAGCUGGGUAACGGCAAGACCGUCAACCUCCACCAUGGAAUGUUCAUCAACAACGAGUUCGUCCCUUCCAAGGCGGGCAAGAAGCUCGAGGUAUACAACCCCGCCAAGGGCAAGGUCAUCGGCGAGAUCUACCAGGGUGACGCCGACGAUGUCGAUGCCGCCGUCAAGGCUGCCCGUACCGCUUACGAGGCCAACAACCGCGCCUGGGGCUUCGGAUUCGCUGGUCAGCGCGCCAAGCUCCUGAACAAGCUCGCCGACCUCGUUGAGGCCAACCUCGACGAGCUCGCCGCUCUCGAGGCAACCGACACCGGCAAGCUCUUCUCGGACGCCAAGACCAAGGACAUUCCCGGCGUCAUCACCACCCUCCGUUACUACGCUGGAUGGGCGGACAAGAUUAUGGGCCACACCUACAACUCGGUCCCCGGCGCCCACGCCUACACCAAGCUUGAGCCCGUCGGUGUUUGCGGCCAGAUCAUCCCCUGGAACUUCCCUGCACCCCUCUCUCCGCUCUCCGCAUCGCCGAGCUGGUUCGUGAGGCUGGCUUCCCUCCUGGAGUCUUCAACCUCAUCACCCGGUCUCGGCCACACCGCCGGCCAGGCCAUUGCCGACCACAUGGACGUCGACAAGGUCGCGUUCACCGGCUCUGGUGCCGUCGGCCGCAAGAUCCUCAAGGCUGCCGCUGACAGCAACCUGAAGCGUGUCACCCUCGAGCUCGGCGGCAAGUCGCCCAACAUCAUCUUCGACGACGCCAAUGUCAAGGAGGCGGCUGAGUGGGCGCUGUUCGGUAUUGAGAUGAACGUCGGUCAGGUCUGUGUUGCCGGCUCUCGUAUUCUCGUCCAGGAGGGCAUCGCCGACGAGUUCACCCGCGAGUUCGUCAACCUCAUGAAGGGCAUCAAGGUCGGUGACCCCUUCGACCCGUCGACCACCCAGGGUCCCCUGCAGUCGGAGGGCCACUUUGGCAAGGUCAAGGACUGGAUCAAGCGUGCUGUCGAGGAGGGCGCCGAGCUCGCCACCGGCGGUGACGAGAUCAAGGACCUCGGUGACGGCUACUACCUCCGCCCCACCGUCUUCACCAACGUCAAGCCCGGCAACUCUGUGCUCGCCAACGAGGUCUUCGGUCCCGUCGUCUCGAUCCAGACCUUCAAGGACGAGGAGGAGGCCAUCAAGAUCGCCAACGACACGACCUACGGUCUUGCCUCGGCUGUCUUCUCGCACAACAACGAGCGCCUCAUGCGCAUGAACACGGCCAUUCGUGCUGGCACCGUCUGGAACAACCUCUACAACUACACCUCGCCCACCGUCCCCUUCGGAGGAUUCAAGCAGAGCGGCAUCGGGCGUGAAAACGGAGAAGCCGUCCUUCUCAACUACCUCGAGACCAAGGCGAUCAUUGCCAACACUGGUGUCAUCCGCUCGCCGAUGGCCGUCGCCGCCGGCCGCUAA